UCUCCGCGGGUGCCAGCCAAUCGCCCGCCACUGCCCCGGCCGCACCUCCCGGAAUCCAUGACGGGCGUGCGGGGCGGCCUAUGAGGUUGGGGCCCCGGCGGCCUGGGCGGGGAGCGGGAGCCAAUGAGCGUCCUUCCAGAGACAAUUGCUUGUGGAUCCUCCUGUUUACAAUGGCCCAGAGAACUGGACUCGAAGACCCAGAGAGGUACCUCUUUGUGGACAGGGCGGUCAUCUACAACCCUGCCACCCAGGCCGAUUGGACGGCUAAAAAGCUAGUGUGGAUUCCAUCCGAGCGCCAUGGUUUUGAGGCAGCAAGUAUCAAAGAAGAGAGGGGGGAUGAAGUUAUGGUGGAGUUGGCAGAGAACGGAAAGAAGGCGAUGGUCAACAAAGACGAUAUUCAGAAGAUGAACCCGCCGAAGUUUUCCAAGGUGGAGGAUAUGGCGGAAUUGACGUGCUUGAACGAAGCUUCUGUUUUACACAACCUGAAGGACCGCUACUAUUCAGGACUGAUCUAUACUUACUCUGGACUCUUCUGCGUAGUCAUAAAUCCUUACAAGAAUCUUCCAAUUUACUCUGAGAAUAUUAUUGAGAUGUACAGAGGGAAGAAGCGCCACGAGGUGCCGCCGCACAUCUAUGCCAUCUCUGAAUCCGCUUACAGAUGCAUGCUUCAAGAUCGUGAGGACCAGUCAAUUCUUUGCACGGGUGAAUCGGGUGCUGGGAAGACAGAAAAUACUAAGAAAGUCAUUCAGUACCUUGCUCACGUUGCUUCUUCGCAUAAAGGACGGAAGGACCAUAAUAUUCCUCAGGAAUCGCCUAAACCAGUGAAACAUCAGCGUGGAUCCCCGUUGUGUGGAGAACUUGAACGGCAGCUUUUGCAAGCAAAUCCAAUUCUGGAAUCAUUUGGAAAUGCGAAGACUGUGAAAAAUGAUAAUUCAUCUCGCUUCGGCAAGUUUAUUCGGAUCAACUUUGAUGUAACUGGCUAUAUCGUUGGGGCCAACAUUGAAACGUACCUUCUGGAGAAAUCUCGUGCCGUUCGCCAAGCAAAAGACGAACGUACUUUUCAUAUCUUUUACCAGUUGUUAUCCGGAGCAGGAGAACACCUAAAGUCGGAUUUGCUCCUCGAAGGGUUUAAUAACUACAGAUUCCUCUCCAACGGCUACAUCCCCAUCCCGGGGCAGCAAGACAAAGACAACUUCCAGGAGACCAUGGAGGCGAUGCACAUCAUGGGCUUCUCUCACGAGGAGAUUCUGUCAAUGCUUAAAGUAGUGUCUUCAGUGCUACAGUUCGGAAAUAUUUCUUUCAAAAAGGAGCGAAAUACGGAUCAGGCGUCCAUGCCGGAAAAUACAGUUGCACAGAAGCUCUGCCAUCUCCUGGGGAUGAACGUGAUGGAAUUUACUCGGGCCAUCCUCACCCCCCGGAUCAAGGUCGGCCGAGACUACGUGCAGAAAGCCCAGACCAAAGAGCAGGCAGAUUUUGCAGUAGAGGCAUUGGCAAAGGCUACGUACGAGCGGCUCUUUCGCUGGCUCGUUCACCGGAUCAACAAAGCUCUGGACAGGACCAAGCGUCAGGGAGCAUCUUUCAUCGGAAUCCUGGACAUUGCUGGAUUUGAAAUAUUUGAGCUGAACUCGUUCGAGCAGCUGUGCAUCAACUACACCAACGAGAAGCUGCAGCAGCUCUUCAACCACACCAUGUUCAUCCUGGAGCAGGAGGAGUACCAGCGCGAGGGCAUCGAGUGGAGCUUCAUCGACUUCGGCCUCGACCUGCAGCCCUGCAUCGACCUCAUCGAGAGACCCGCGAACCCCCCCGGCGUGCUGGCCCUUUUGGACGAAGAGUGCUGGUUCCCGAAGGCCACAGACAAAACCUUUGUGGAGAAACUAGUUCAGGAGCAGGGCUCUCACUCCAAGUUCCAGAAGCCCCGGCAGCUGAAAGACAAAGCUGACUUCUGCAUCAUACAUUACGCGGGCAAGGUGGAUUACAAGGCCGACGAGUGGCUGAUGAAGAACAUGGACCCCCUGAACGACAACGUGGCCACCCUCCUGCACCAGUCCUCGGACAGAUUCGUGGCGGAGCUUUGGAAGGACGAGAUUCAGAAUAUUCAGAGAGCUUCUUUCUAUGACAGUGUUUCUGGUCUUCAUGAGCCACCAGUGGACCGUAUCGUGGGUCUGGAUCAGGUGACGGGCAUGACGGAGACCGCCUUUGGCUCUGCGUAUAAAACCAAGAAGGGCAUGUUCCGGACCGUCGGGCAGCUCUACAAAGAGUCUCUCACCAAGCUGAUGGCGACUCUCCGGAACACCAACCCUAACUUCGUUCGCUGCAUCAUUCCAAAUCACGAGAAGCGGGCUGGAAAACUGGACCCGCACCUGGUGCUAGACCAGCUUCGCUGUAACGGGGUCCUGGAAGGAAUCCGGAUCUGUCGCCAGGGCUUCCCCAACCGGAUAGUUUUCCAGGAAUUCAGACAGAGAUACGAGAUCCUGACUCCGAAUGCCAUUCCUAAGGGUUUCAUGGACGGCAAACAGGCUUGUGAACGAAUGAUCCGGGCUUUAGAAUUGGACCCAAACUUGUACAGAAUCGGACAGAGCAAGAUAUUUUUCAGAGCUGGCGUUUUGGCGCACUUAGAGGAAGAAAGAGAUCUAAAGAUUACCGACAUCAUCAUCUUCUUCCAGGCUGUCUGCAGAGGUUACCUGGCCAGGAAGGCCUUCGCCAAGAAGCAGCAGCAGCUGAGCGCGCUGAAGGUCCUGCAGCGGAACUGCGCCGCCUACCUGAAGCUCCGGCACUGGCAGUGGUGGCGCGUCUUCACGAAGGUGAAGCCGCUCCUGCAGGUGACCCGCCAGGAGGAGGAGCUUCAGGCCAAAGACGAGGAGCUGCUGAAGGUGAAGGAGAGGCAGACGAAGGUGGAGGGCGAGCUGGAAGAGAUGGAGAGGAAGCACCAGCAGCUUCUGGAAGAGAAGAACAUCCUCACGGAGCAGCUGCAAGCCGAGACGGAGCUCUUCGCCGAGGCGGAGGAGAUGAGGGCCAGGCUUGCCGCCAAGAAGCAAGAACUGGAGGAGAUUCUCCAUGACUUGGAAUCCAGGGUCGAAGAAGAAGAAGAAAGAAACCAAAUUCUCCAGAAUGAAAAGAAGAAAAUGCAAGCGCAUAUUCAGGAUUUGGAAGAGCAACUGGACGAGGAGGAAGGCGCUCGCCAGAAACUCCAGCUGGAAAAGGUGACGGCAGAGGCUAAAAUCAAGAAGAUGGAAGAGGAGAUCCUGCUUCUCGAGGACCAGAAUUCCAAAUUUAUCAAAGAAAAGAAGCUCAUGGAAGACCGCAUCGCGGAGUGCUCCUCUCAGCUGGCUGAGGAGGAGGAAAAGGCCAAAAACUUGGCCAAAAUCAGGAAUAAGCAGGAAGUGAUGAUCUCGGAUCUAGAAGAACGCCUAAAGAAGGAAGAGAAGACGCGUCAGGAGCUGGAAAAGGCCAAGAGAAAACUGGACGGGGAGACCACCGACCUGCAGGACCAGAUCGCUGAGCUCCAGGCGCAGAUCGACGAGCUCAAGGCCCAGCUGGUCAAGAAGGAGGAGGAGCUACAGGGCGCACUGGCCAGGGGGGACGACGAGACACUCCACAAGAACAACGCUCUCAAGGUGGUGCGGGAGCUGCAGGCCCAAAUCGCCGAGCUCCAGGAAGACUUCGAAUCUGAGAAGGCUUCACGGAACAAGGCAGAAAAGCAGAAGAGGGACCUGAGUGAGGAGCUGGAGGCUCUGAAGACCGAGCUGGAGGACACCCUGGACACCACCGCGGCUCAGCAGGAACUCCGCACCAAGCGCGAACAGGAGGUGGCUGAGCUGAAGAAGGCUCUGGAGGAAGAGACGAGGAACCACGAAGCUCAGAUCCAGGACAUGCGGCAGAGGCACGCCACGGCCCUGGAGGAGCUUUUGGAGCAGCUCGAGCAGGCCAAGCGGUUCAAAGCAAAUCUUGAGAAGAACAAGCAGGGCCUGGAGACCGACAACAAGGAGCUGGCGUGUGAAGUGAAGGUGCUGCAGCAGGUCAAGGCCGAGUCCGAGCACAAGAGGAAGAAACUCGACGCGCAGGUGCAGGAGCUCCACGCCAAGGUGUCGGAAGGGGACAGACUCCGCGUGGAGCUGGCUGAGAAAGCAAACAAGCUCCAGAAUGAACUGGACAAUGUCUCAAGUCUUCUGGAAGAAGCAGAGAAGAAGGGUAUCAAAUUUGCUAAGGAUGCAGCUGGUCUGGAGUCUCAACUACAGGACACACAGGAGCUUCUCCAGGAGGAGACACGCCAGAAACUGAACCUGAGCAGCCGCAUCCGGCAGCUGGAGGAGGAGAAGAACAGUCUCCAGGAGCAGCAGGAGGAGGAGGAGGAGGCCAGGAAGAAUCUGGAAAAACAAGUGUUGGCCCUGCAGUCCCAGCUCACGGACACCAAGAAGAAAGUAGAUGACGACUUAGGAACAAUCGAGAGUUUGGAAGAAGCCAGAAAGAAGCUUCUGAAAGACGCGGAGGCGUUGGGCCAGCGCCUGGAGGAGAAGGCCCUGGCCUACGACAAGCUGGAGAAGACCAAGACCCGCCUGCAGCAGGAGCUCGACGACCUGACGGUGGACCUGGACCACCAGCGCCAGAUCGCCUCCAACCUGGAGAAGAAGCAGAAGAAGUUCGACCAGCUGUUAGCGGAAGAGAAGAACAUCUCUGCUCGCUAUGCGGAAGAGCGAGACCGCGCGGAGGCGGAGGCCAGAGAGAAGGAGACCAAAGCCCUGUCCCUGGCCCGGGCCCUCGAGGAAGCUCUGGAGGCCAAGGAGGAGUUUGAGAGACAGAACAAGCAACUUCGGGCAGACAUGGAAGACCUCAUGAGCUCCAAGGAUGACGUGGGGAAGAACGUGCACGAACUUGAAAAAUCGAAGCGUGCCCUGGAGCAGCAGGUGGAGGAGAUGAGGACCCAGCUCGAAGAGCUGGAGGAUGAACUUCAGGCCACGGAGGACGCCAAGCUUCGCCUAGAGGUCAACAUGCAGGCCAUGAAGGCCCAGUUCGAGAGGGACUUGCAGACCAGAGACGAGCAGAAUGAAGAAAAGAAGCGGCUCCUGGUGAAACAGGUGCGGGAGCUGGAGGCGGAGCUGGAGGACGAGCGGAAGCAGCGGGCGCUGGCGGUCGCUUCCAAGAAGAAACUGGAAAUAGACCUGAAGGACCUUGAAGCCCAGAUCGAGGCGGCGAACAAGGCGAGGGAUGAAGUGAUCAAGCAGCUCCGCAAGCUUCAGGCUCAGAUGAAGGAUUACCAACGUGAAUUAGAAGAAGCUCGUGCAUCCCGGGAUGAAAUUUUUGCUCAAUCCAAAGAGAGUGAAAAGAAACUGAAGAGUUUAGAAGCAGAAAUCCUUCAAUUGCAGGAGGAACUGGCCUCGUCUGAGCGAUCGCGCCGCCACGCAGAGCAGGAGAGAGACGAGCUGGCGGACGAGAUUGCUAACAGCGCCUCUGGCAAGUCUGCGCUGCUGGACGAGAAGCGGCGUCUGGAGGCGCGGAUCGCGCAGCUGGAGGAGGAGCUGGAGGAGGAGCAGAGCAACAUGGAACUGCUCAACGACCGCUUCCGCAAGACCACGCUGCAGGUGGACACGCUGAACGCUGAGCUGGCGGCCGAGCGCAGCGCCGCCCAGAAGAGCGACAACGCGCGCCAGCAGCUGGAGCGGCAGAACAAGGAGCUGAAGGCUAAGCUGCAGGAACUGGAGGGCGCCGUCAAGUCCAAGUUCAAGGCCACCAUCUCUGCCCUGGAAGCCAAGAUCGGGCAGCUGGAGGAGCAGCUUGAGCAGGAAGCCAAGGAACGAGCAGCCGCCAACAAACUCGUCCGUCGCACCGAGAAGAAGCUGAAAGAGAUCUUCAUGCAGGUUGAAGAUGAGCGUCGACACGCAGAUCAGUAUAAAGAACAGAUGGAGAAGGCCAACGCCAGGAUGAAACAGCUCAAGCGGCAGCUGGAGGAGGCGGAGGAGGAGGCCACGCGUGCCAACGCAUCUCGGCGUAAGCUCCAGCGGGAACUGGAUGAUGCCACGGAGGCCAACGAGGGCCUGAGCCGCGAGGUCAGCACGCUCAAGAACCGGCUGAGGCGAGGCGGCCCCAUCAGCUUCUCGUCCAGCCGGUCUGGCCGCCGCCAACUACACAUCGAGGGGGCCUCCUUGGAGCUGUCCGACGACGACACGGAGAGCAAGACCAGCGACGUCAACGAGACGCAGCCACCCCCGGCCGAGUAGAGCCCCGGGAAGCCCGCAGAGGCGAUACAGUGGGACACACAGGACACCCCCCCCACCCCCCCACCCCCCCGGCGCCACGUCUGGGAAGUCGGUCCGCGCUGGGAUUCCUUACUGAGAGAUCAACCGUGUCUUACCGGCUUUCCGGCCGCCCAUACUGUAUCCCGCUUCACAUUCAAGUACGACUGCUUCCCCCUUUUCUAUAUAUACACACACGAGACCCACGCCUACUACACAAGAGUCUCCUCAUUGCAUCUCUUUUGCAUAUAUUCACCGAGAGACCAUUUUCUGAUUCACGGUAAGAAGAGAACCAUUUCUCAUACCAGUGGCCAGUGGCCGGGUUACUGGGGCAGCCGCGCGGUGGCCGCUCCGUCGCUCUGCAUGCUCUCUACAGACAGGUCACGCCGUUCUGCGUUCGUGUGGCCCCCGCCGCCUCAGCCACAUCGAGUCUCUUCGAACAUUGUGGAACCUCAACUGCACUUGUAUCUCCCCGUAUUUCCUCCGAGAACGAUCGACACUAUUUCAGUAAGCAAACUGUGAAAGGGGCUGUGGCAAGAUUAGGAGGGGUGGGCGGCUCCCGAGGGAAGCCGUGUCCCUUUGGGGUCACCCUGCCCCUCUCCCUUGAGCUGGUGGUGUCCUCGGCCAGGGCCGGUCUGUCCACCGAAGGGACGGCGGACCCUCGUGGGGGUCCACAGGGAGCCGUCCCUCUCCAGCCAGGCUCUCAUGCUGACCUUGCAAAUUCCGCCGCUGCUUUGAGCCCAAAAUGGCAAUCUCGGUUUUGUGUCCCAGACUUAUUCCAAGGUGGUCCGGGAGGCUGACAGAGCUUCCGGAACCGACGUCAUCUGCCUGAAUGUUGACAUGCCAGUGGACGUUGAGUCCUUGUUCCUUUCUCCUUCCUUCCCCUUGGACAGUGUUACAGUGAACACCUAGCAUUCUGUUUUCGGUUGAUAGUUAAGCAAACUGACUUUACAGAAAGUGCCUUAGACACUGCAGUACUAAGACAACGUUAAACCUAUGAUUUGCCUCUGUAACAAUGUAAUGUAUAAGUUCUGACUGUGCUUAUCAUGUACCUCUCUAGUCAAAGUGGUAUUAUAAACAUUCAGUGACAAUGAAUCAGUGUUAAUUAUAAAUCCUUGAUCCUCGGCAACGUGCUUGAAAACACAAACCUUUUGGGUUAAAAGCUUUAACAUCUGUUAGGAAGAAUCUGUCAUGUGGGUUUGGAAUCUUUGGGUUUUCCCCCCUUGAACUGUACUGGCUGUUGACCACCAGACACCUGACUGCAAAUAUCUUUUUUCUUGUAUUCCCAUAUUUCUAGACAAUGAUUUUUGUAAGACAAUAAAUUUAUUCAUUAUAGA